AGGAGCUCCUCGGGCCAUGGAGAGCGCUGCUGCCCGCGAGGCCCCGCGGGCUGAGACCCCGCGCGCCCCUGUGCCCCCGCCCUCGCCCGCAGAGCACCCAGCCGCGCCCCGCGUGCGCCCGCGCCUCGUCUUCCGCACGCAGCUGGCGCACGGCAGCCCCACCGGCAAGAUCGAAGGCUUCACCAACGUCCGCGAGCUCUACGCCAAGAUCGCAGAGGCCUUCGGAAUCGCGCCCACCGAGAUCUUAUUCUGCACCCUCAACAGCCACAAGGUGGACAUGCAGAAGCUCCUGGGUGGACAGAUAGGGCUGGAGGACUUUAUCUUUGCCCAUGUGCGGGGUGAGACCAAGGAGGUCGAGGUCACCAAGACAGAGGAUGCCCUGGGACUGACCAUCACAGACAACGGGGCUGGCUAUGCCUUCAUCAAGAGGAUCAAGGAGGGCAGCAUCAUCAACCGGAUCGAGGCAGUGUGUGUGGGCGACAGCAUCGAGGCCAUCAAUGACCACUCCAUUGUCGGCUGCCGCCACUACGAGGUGGCCAAGAUGCUCCGGGAGCUGCCCAAGUCCCAGCCCUUCACCCUGCGCCUGGUGCAGCCCAGGAGAGCCUUUGAUAUGAUCGGCCAGAGGAGCAGGAGCAGCAAAUGUCCUGUGGAAGCGCGAGUGGCCAGCGGGAGGGAGACCCUGCGGCUCCGCUCUGGGGGUGCCGCCACGGUGGAGGAGGCGGUGAGCGUGGGAGGGUCUUCCGGGGCUGUGGGCCCAGCACCGUCCACCUCCCGGCGUCGGUUUCCAGCCCGUGAAGCAGGUCCUGAUGGAGGGGCGGCGGUUCCAGAGCCGGGGCACCGUGCUGGGCGUCCCGCCUGCUCGCCCCUGGGGGUCGCUGGGUGGCGGUUCUCACCCCCGCCUCCCCUCCUGUGCCCCAGCCCAGCGAGUUUGAGGAGGAGGCCUCUCGGAAGGUGGACGACCUGCUGGAGAGCUACAUGGGCAUUCGCGACCCAGAGCUGGGUAAGGGGCCAGGGUAAGCGGGGGCCUGGGGGCGGGCGCCCCUGGGAGGAGGUGGGGCCCCAGGAGAGGCCAGGCCGGAGCGCCCUCACCCGCGUCCCUCCACGUUGCCCACAGCAUCCACCAUGGUGGAGACGUCCAAGAAGACAGGCAGCGUCCAGGAGUUUGCGCGCUGCUUAGACUCCGUCUUGGGCGAGUUUGCCUUCCCGGACGAGUUUGUGGUGGAGGUGUGGGCCGCCAUCGGCGAGGCCAGGGAGGCUUGUGGCUAGU